CUAAGCGGAAGCAAAAUGAGACUGGAGUUCUGUGUGGGUUUUCUGUGCCUCCUCAUAUGGUUGCAUCGCUGCUCCGGCGAGGGUCACCUGAAACGCUUGAGCAGAUCGCUGAUCUUUCCGCCGACGAGUCCCACGCGUGUACAGUUUAUCGGUGGCAUAGGUAUACCCGUGGAGGGUCUGCACUUCGAGUCGGUUACCUCGGGUUAUGUGCUCAAGGCGGAGUACUUUCUGCCCACCAACUCCACGGUCACGAGGGUCUACCUUAAACCCAUGGCCAUUACGGGCAGGGAGGAGGAUCAGGAUUCGACCUAUGGAGCAUUAUAUCGCUGGAUUAUCUACCGAGGCAUUGAGAUGGUCCUCGAGAAUAUGGGUCUGCCUGGAAGAAGUUGUCUCUUAAGACUCAUUUGUGAACAUGCUGCACUGCCUCUGAACCACGAAAGUGGAUUGCUGGGCGAGCUAAUGGACAUAGUACUGAGGCCCUCCAGUUCGGUGGACCAGUUGGGACAGUCUUCGGAUCGGGAGUACCACACAUCGGAGCACUUUGCAAAGGGAGGCGAUUGCCAGGCUGCCUAUGCCUCCAAAUGCAAAAAAUCCCUGGAACUCAUCAGUUUACUGCUAGAAGUCAAUGAAUAA